AUGGCGCACAUAUUAGGCUGCAGUAAACAAAAUAUAGUCAAUACAAUAAAUAAACUGCAGAUUUUUAAUAUAUAUGAACGAUAUCUUAAAAACGCAAAACAAGUUGGAGGAAACAAUAUUGUUGUAGAAAUCGAUAAAUCAAAAAUAGGAAAGAAUAAAUGUAACAGGGGAAAGUCUGUAAAAGGGGUUUGGUGUUUUGGAAUGGUAGAACGUACUGCCGAUAAAAAAAUAAUUUUCUCUCUUAUUAAAAAACGUGACAAGCAGACCUUAUUCCUUUAUUAUUUAAAAACGUUAAUUUUAAAUAAAAAAUAUACUCAGACAUGUGGAAAGCUUAUUUUAAUUAGGGUUACAUUUUAA